AUGUGUGACAUUUAUAACCUUCACAGCCUUAUUAAUGUUCCUACAAGGAUCAGUAAAAACAGGGAAUCCUGUCUCGACGUUAUUCUUACUAACGUCCCCGCGUUUGCCAAAGACUCGGGUGUCAUUCAUACGGGUCUAAGCGACCAUGAUCUCGUACAUACGGUUCUGAAAACCCGACACAUGCGAUCAAAAGCAGAAACCAUAACUAAACGAUCCUUUAAAGCUUUUGAUAAGGAUUCAUUUCAAGCUGAUUUAUUAACAGUGCCUUUCUCUGUCUCAUACGUGUUUGAUGAUCCUGACGAUGUAUAUUGGUGUUGA